UCUUAUAAAUUAAGCGCCCACCAACUUGCCAUUGCCUACGCAGCUGAGCUGAGCUUGCUAGCUUGCCCGUUCGGGACUACCUACUCGGCUUGACUUCUGUAGGAGGACAGAGAGGGAGGGACCGAGAAAUGGAUGUGGAGAGCUGCGCGGCGCCGGAGGCGGUCUCCGUCGACUGGCGCGGCCGCCCGUGCCGGCCGCACCGGCACGGCGGAAUGCGCGCCGCCGUCUUCAUCCUAGGGAUCCAGGCGUUCGAGAUCAUGGCGAUCGCGGCGGUGGGGAACAACCUGAUCACGUACGUGUUCGGGGAGAUGCACUUCCCGCUGUCGCAGGCGGCCAACGUCGUCACCAACUUCGUCGGCACCAUCUUCCUGCUCUCCCUCCUCGGCGGCUUCCUCUCCGACUCCUACCUCGGCUGCUUCUGGACCAUGCUCACCUUCGGCUUCGUCGAGCUCUCGGGCUUCAUACUGCUGUCAGUGCAAGCACACUUGCCACAGCUCAAGCCGCCGCCGUGCAACAUGGCGUCCAUGGACGGCAGCUGCGAGCGGGCCGGGGGCAUCAAGGCCGCCAUCUUCUUCGUUGCGCUCUACCUGGUGGCGCUCGGCAGCGGCUGCCUCAAGCCCAACAUGAUCGCGCACGGCGCCGACCAGUUCGCCGGCACGCCGGACAGCGCCAAGAGGCUCUCGACGUACUUCAACUCGGCCUACUUCAGCUUCUGCGCCGGCGAGCUCGUCGCGCUGACGGUGCUGGUCUGGGUGCAGACGCACUCCGGGAUGGACGUCGGGUUCGGCAUCUCCGCGGUCGCCAUGGCGGCCGGGCUCGUCAGCUUGGUCUCCGGCGCUGCGUUCUACCGGAACAAGCCUCCGCAGGGCAGCAUCUUCGCUCCUAUUGCAAGGGUCUUCGUUGCUGCCUUCACCAAGAGGAAGCAAGUAUGCCCUUCCAGCUCCUCCAAUUCUGUCAACGCCGGAGCUUGCGAGCCGGCACGCCUCGCCGGCAACUUUCGCCACGCCAACAAAUUCAGGUUCUUGGACAAGGCGUGCAUCCGUGCAGCGCAGCAGGGGCCCAACACGAAGCCGGAGAGCCCGUGGCGGCUGUGCACGGUGGCCGAGGUGCAGCAGGCCAAGACCCUCCUCGCCGUGACGCCCGUCUUCGCGUGCACCAUCGUCUUCAACACCGUGCUCGCGCAGCUGCAGACCUUCUCGGUGCAGCAGGGCAGAGCCAUGGACACCGCGCUCCCGCCGGGUUCCUCUUCCUUCCACAUCCCGCCCGCGUCGCUGCAGGCCAUCCCCUACGCCAUGCUGCUCGCUCUCGUCCCGGCCUACGAGUUCCUCCUCGUCCCGCUCAUGAAGCGGCUCACGGGCACGCGGUCCGGGAUCACCCCGCUCCAGCGCAUCGGCGUCGGCCUCGGCACCGUCGCGUUCUCCAUGGUCGCCGCCGCGGACGUCGAGCGUAGGCGCCGCGAUGCCGCCGCGGACGGCCAGCAGAUGUCCGUCCUGUGGAUCGUGCCGCAGUUCCUCGUCUUCGGCGUGUCGGAGAUGUUCACCGCCGUGGGGCUCAUUGAGUUCUUCUACAAGCAGGCUUGCGCCGGCAUGCAGGCCUUCCUCACGGCGCUCACAUACUGCUCCUACGCGUUCGGGUUCUACCUCAGCUCGGUGCUCGUCUCGUUGGUGAACAGGAUCACGGCCAGGCACGGUGGCGGCGGCGGCUGGCUCGGCAACAACGACCUGAACAAGGACAGGCUCGACCUGUUCUACUGGAUGCUCGCCGCGCUCAGCGUGCUCAACUUCUUCUGCUACCUGCUGUGCGCUAGGUGGUACAACUCUGGUGCAGAUGGCUCUGAUGCAGCUGCCUCUGGUCAGGUUGCAGCAGAGGGUGGUGGCAAGGAGAUCAUCUGAACAACUCAAGAACACUGAAAACUGUAUAUCCAUAUAGAUGUAUCUAUACAUGCAUGAGAAAUAGGGAUGAGAAAAAUGAGCACUAGCCACUAGGUUAAAAUUAUCUCCUUUGAUAAGGACUAGAAAGCACAUUAGGCUAAGUUCUGCUGUUCUGCAGCGAAGCAUAGCUCCCAGGCAACAAAGAGUAAUAUAAGAAAAUUCAGAGUGGACAACAAGGCAUUGCCAAUGAAUUAAGCCAGACAGGAAACAAAGACUAAUAAUACAAGAACAGCGCUGCCAGAUGAAAAGACAAA